GAAAAUUUCAGGUUUUCGUGCUUGACUUGCCAGAGCUUUCGUGAGCUCGUACAUGAUUUUCACGGGGAAUACUCGCGACGAGUGAGUCGUCUUCCUUCACUCCUACUCUGUCUCAACGCGGUUGGGCAGUUACCUCAGUGACCUCGUAUUUUCCUUGAUCGAUCUGUAGAGGGACCCACCCUCCACCAUGCUUCCAAGCUCAGUUGUCCGGCUACCUGUCUCGUCUAAAUGCCUUUCUUUUCUAAAUAAGCUGCCUUCGACUCGUCAUCAGUGCCUCCGUUACUUCCGUACCACACCUCACCGUCGAGUCGCCUUCCUUCCCACAAAUUGUUUGCGCGCUAUUGCUAAGCCUGCGGUGGGCUCAUAUGCACCCAAAGAAGACGAACAUGUCCUUAGUUCCCCCUCUGAACUCGCCCGUAGAAUCUCUGCCAAGGUCCUUCCAAAGCUACCUCGCCCUGACGUCAAGAGAGUCGUCAUGGUCGGUAGUGGCGGUCUCAGUAUCGGCCAAGCCGGCGAAUUCGACUACUCUGGGUCGCAAGCCCUCAAAGCUCUCAGCGAAGAGGGCAUCGAAGCUAUCCUAAUCAAUCCCAACAUUGCAACUUGGCAAACAUCUCAUCAGCUCGCGUCUGAAGUUUACUUCCUCCCAAUCACCGCGGAUUAUGUCGCUUACGUCCUCGAAAAGGAACGCCCGGAUGGCAUCCUCCUAACCUUUGGUGGGCAGAGCGCCUUGAAUGUUGGCAUUGCCCUCGACAAGAUGGGCGUCCUAGAUCGUCUCGGUGUCAAGGUGCUUGGUACACCCAUCAAGACACUCGAGGUCUCUGAGGAUCGCGACCUCUUCGUCCAAGCGUUGAAAGAGAUCGAUAUCCCCGUUGCUCAAUCUACGGCAGUUUCCAGUGUCAAUGCCGCUCUUGAGGCGGCAGAAAGGAUUGGCUACCCUGUCAUCCUGCGGUCUGCAUUCACUCUGGGCGGUCUUGGUUCAGGUUUUGCCAACAACCCAGAAGAAUUGCGUGAUCUAUCUGCCAAGAGUUUGUCUCUUUCCCCUCAGGUCCUCAUCGAACGCAGCAUGAAAGGCUGGAAGGAAUUGGAAUAUGAGGUGGUUCGGGAUGGUGCUGAUAACACCAUCAUUUGUUGUAACAUGGAAAACUUUGAUCCCCUCGGCACUCACACCGGCGAUUCCAUCGUCGUAGCCCCUUCUCAAACUCUGCCAGACGAUGAAUACCACAUGUUGCGGAGUGCUGCCCUCAAGGUCAUUAGACACCUCGGUGUCGUCGGUGAAUGUAAUAUCCAAUAUGCGCUCAACCCAUACUCCAAGGAGUAUUGCGUCAUCGAAGUCAAUGCUAGGUUGAGUCGUUCGAGUGCUCUUGCAUCGAAAGCUACCGGAUAUCCUCUUGCUUACACAGCCGCGAAGAUCGCCCUUGGCUAUACCCUCCCCGAGCUGCCCAAUGCGGUGACCAAGACAACGACUGCCUGCUUUGAACCUUCUCUUGACUACAUUGUCACCAAGAUACCGAAGUGGGACUUGGCCAAGUUCUCCUCACAUGUCAACCGCGAAGUUGGCUCUGCCAUGAAGAGUGUUGGCGAGGUGAUGGCUAUCGGACGUACAUUCGAGGAGAGCUUGCAAAAGGCCGUCCGUCAAGUCGACCCGCAUUGGAAGGGCUUUGAGCCGUACUAUCAGCCCGAGGAUCUUGACACGGCUUUGUCGAAGCCAACCGAUAUGAGGUUAUUUGCAAUUGCGCAUGCCAUGUACAACAAGAACUACUCGGUCGAUAAGGUCCAUGAGUUGACAAAAAUCGACAGGUGGUACUUGUAUAAGAUCGACAACAUAGUUCAGACCCACCGUCAAAUCAAGUCUCAGGGUUCUCUUGAGAAGGUCGACCACGAACUUAUGAAAAAAGCGAAGUGUAUGGGUUUCUCAGAUGUGCAGAUUGCGGACAUCCUAUCUACUACGGAAGACGCAGUUAGGACACACCGGAAAUCUCUUGGUAUCACUCCCUUCGUUAAGCGAAUCGACACCCUUGCGGCCGAAUACCCCGCUCAUACAAACUAUCUCUAUACCACAUACAAUGCGUCUGAGCAUGACGUGGACUUUGACGAGCAUGGUACCAUGGUACUUGGUAGUGGUGUAUACCGCAUCGGAUCUUCAGUUGAAUUCGAUUGGUGUGCUGUCACCUGCGCCAGGAAACUUCGCAACAUGGGCAAGCGCACGAUCAUGAUCAACUAUAAUCCGGAGACGGUCUCUACAGACUUUGACGAAGCCGAUAGAUUGUACUUCGAGGAACUUGGCUAUGAACGUGUUAUGGACAUCUACGAACUUGAGCAAGCUCAAGGUGUGAUUGUUAGUGUCGGAGGACAAUUACCACAGAACAUUGCCCUUCGGCUGAAGGACAACGGAGUCAACGUCCUCGGUACUGAUCCUGCGAAGAUUGAUGCUGCGGAGGAUCGUCACAAGUUUUCUUCGGUGCUUGAUAGCAUCGGCGUUGAUCAGCCCGAGUGGACAGAGGUUACCUCCGUCGAUGCUGCUAAGCGUUUUGCCGAGAAAGUUCGUUACCCAGUCCUCAUCCGUCCUUCCUACGUCCUGUCUGGCGCCGCCAUGAAUGUCGUGUAUGAAGAGUCUACUCUGGAGUAUAACCUUUCUGCUGCCGCAUCUGUUUCCCCACUCCACCCUGUUGUCAUUACGAAGUUCAUCGAUAACGCCCUGGAGAUCGACGUGGAUGCAGUCGCAUACCAAGGCAACCUUCUGGUCCACGCCGUUUCUGAACAUGUUGAGAACGCAGGUGUCCAUUCUGGCGAUGCUACCCUCGUACUUCCGCCCUUCUCCCUUACAGCCACCGAUAUGGAACGCCUUAAAAGUAUCGCACAGAAGGUUGCGAAGGCCUUCGAGAUCUCUGGACCUUUCAACAUGCAGAUCAUCAAAAAGCCUGCUUCCAGUCGACAUGAAGAGGACGAACUCAAGGUCAUAGAGUGUAACUUGCGUGCAUCUCGGUCUUUCCCCUUCGUCUCAAAGGUUCUUGGACACAACUUUAUCGAGACUGCCACUUGUGCGAUCGUGGGCAAGGAUGUACCUGAGUUCGUCAAUCUCAUGGCACAGAAGAGGAACUACACUUCUAUCAAGGUUGCUCAAUUUUCCUGGACCCGCCUCGGAGGAGCUGACCCAUUCCUCGGCGUCGAAAUGGCCAGCACUGGCGAGGUUGCAAGCUUCGGAACUGACGUGCAUGAAGCGUAUUGGGCGUCUUUGCUUUCCACGACCGGCUUCAAAGUUCCUCAGGCUAACUCUGGUGUCCUUAUUGGUGGCGAUACGACAAAGCCAGAGAUGGCAUUUGUGGCGAAAACCCUCGUUAACCUCGGCUUCAAGCUUUACUGCUCUUCCCACCAGGUGGAGAGCUAUUUGAACAGCCUUCCAUACGUGUCUGCCAAACGGAUAUUCUUCCCUACUAAGGACAAACGGCUCCUGCGGGAAGUUUUCGACGAAUAUGAUAUCCAAUGCGUAAUCAACCUUGCUAAAACUCGGGGGAAAGGUUUCACGGACGAAGAUUAUGUCGCCAGGAGGAAUGCUGUUGACUUUGGGUUACCACUUCUGAACAACGCCCGGUGCGCAAAAUUGUGGGUUGAGGCACUCCAAAAGAAGAUACCACAGGGUGGAUUAAGGAAGUAUGACGAGGGAAGGAUACCCUCUGAAGUGCGCUCUUGGAGAGAGUUUGUUGGUAGGAGGCCAUGAAACUGUGUGUGUUGUCGCACAGAACGCCGAAGUAGUACCAAAGUACCCUUUCAGUGUAUGCAUCUAACAUGAUCGCCAGAACUUGAAAUUUCACAAUAGUAAUGCUACUUGGUUCUUUUUACAAGUUUGAAGCGAUCGAUAUAACUUAUGGUAACAUAUCUUCCGGUCCACAAAGUUCUUCGGGAACGAGCUCCUCUGGGUAUUUAUCCACGCGCUCAGUGUUCAGCGCUUCGCUUAGGCCCCUAUCCACAGCAAACUUGGCCUCAGUGGUGGCAUCCGCUCUGCCCCGGAGGAUAUCCACAACUAUUCGGCCAACAUUGGGGAGGAACUAUAGAUCCGUAUCAGCCUGCCAAGUUUCCCAUAAGAAUGGAUGAGAAGCUGGGGUUGUCCCGUGCCGCAUACUAUCGUAAAAUUGGGGAAAAAA